AUGCAGUUUCGAUUCUUCUCCUUUGCCCUGAUCGUAUUGAACUGUAUGGAGUACAGCAGCUGUCAGGCGCCGUCGCACCGCUGGAGGAGGAACAAAAGAGCUAGCUAUGGAGCGUACCCCAUCUGUAAAGGCUGCUCGGUGUGCUCCAGGGACAACGGCUGCGUAAACUGCCAGCCCAAGCUCUUCCUGUUUUUGCGGAGGGAGAGGAUGAGGCAGUACGGGGAGUGUCUUCACGACUGUCCGGCCGGAUACUACGGCAUGCGCAGCCCCGAACUCAACAUGUGCUCCAGGUGCAGGAUAGAGAACUGCGAGUCCUGCUUCAGCAAAGACUUCUGCACCAAGUGCAAGUCAGGCUUUUACCUACACAAAGGGCGCUGCUUUGAGAAGUGCCCCGAGGGCUUUGCCCCGCUAGAGGAGACCAUGGAGUGUGGAGAGGGCUGCGAGGUGGGCCAGUGGAGCGAAUGGGGAGCCUGCACCAGGAGAAACAAAACCUGUGGCUACAAGUGGGGUCUGGAGACCCGGACGCGGCACAUUGUAAAGAAACCACCCAAGGACACGAUACCCUGUCCCACCAUCGCCGAGUCCAGGAUGUGCAAAAUGGCCAUGAGGCACUGCAGGAGAGGUGGCUCAGGGAAGCAACGAUCCAAAGAACCAAAGAAGAAGAACAAGCAGAGGCUGCGGUUUCGGGCCCAGAACCAGCACAGCGACCACUUGGCCUCCGCGCGCUCCAGCCAGUGAGGACUGAAACCCGCGGACUUCCCAUUGAACGAAGAAGCAACGCAAAGCUGCUAGCCGCUGCUGCUGCACCCAUAUUCUGACCGACGACUAUCACGAACCCCGCCGCAUCCCCCUCACCCCCCACCCUGCCCGCCAGGACACGACCACGACUCACAAGUCCGUCACUACAAAAAAAAAAAAAACACGCGUCUAACGUACGCCAUUAGUAUCGACACACUAAACACACGCUUCUUGCCACCCGCUGCUUCUCCCCCUGCUGCAGUGACCGGCCAGGUUGACUCUGUUCUCUCAGCCCCGCCCCUUGCCUUGCCUUGUGGACCUUUACAGUUGACAUUACUGAACUCAUUUCCCGUCAUUAACAAUGUCAUUAACCGCGCAGGGUGAUGGAAGACGGAGGGGCAACCAGAGACUGUGGAGGCGGGA